UUGAACGGCUGAAAUUUUGGGGGAUUUCCGUAUACAGUUGUUCAACGCGGAGUGCAAAACACAGUUAGCCCAGGAGUUUUGACUUGUGUUGGCUUUCUGAGAAGUUCGAAGCUAUGAAAGGAAUUACUGUGCUUCUUUUUCUGUUACAGGCUACGGCUGUAAAGACAGGGUCACACUCUCUCUGGGCAUUUGCAACAUUUAUACACGGACAGACCCAAUUACCAGAAUUCAGUGUAGUGGUUAUGCUAGAUGAUCUUCAGGUGCUCUACUAUGACUGCAACAUAAAAAAACUGAUCUCUCGAAGCCAACCAAGCUCAACAAAUGAAGAUUUUAUCCUUGAAGGUGCAAACAUUGUGAUGCAAGACGCUUAUAAUUCCAUGAGAAGUCUAGCACAUCAUGUAAACCUCUUCUCCAAUCACACUGGAGGAGUUCAUGUUCAUCAGGGGAUGGGUGGAUGUGUGCUGGACAAUGACAAGCCCAGCCCGAUCAUGGUGUGGGAAGCUUAUGAUGGAGCAGAAGUGACUCAUUACGACAUGCAUGAUCGCACAGUCAACCCUCUAUGGCCACAGCUUAUGUGGACCACACUGAAAGAAAAAACCUGUCAAAUGAUAUAUAUAAAUAUUUAUCAGCCUAUUUGUAUCCAAACACUGAAGUACUAUCUGGAGAAAGAGAAGAACAUUGUGUUAAGAAAAGAGCGCCCCAGAGUCAGGCUGAUCCACAAGCCAUGCACUGAGACUGGAGUAAUGACGGUGAGCUGUCUGGCCACGGGCUUCUACCCCCGACACAUAGUCCUGAGCUUGCUGAGAGACGGGCAUCCCAUCCCAGAUGAGGAGCUGAUUCUGGGGAAGGUGUUACCCAAUGGAGAUGGGACCUACCAGACUAGGAGGACCCUGCGUAUCUGUUCAGAGGAACUGAGAGAGAGACAUCAUUACACCUGCUCUGUCGCACACCUUACACUGGACAACAAGCUGGACAUAAAUUGGGAACCAGAGGAAGGCUCAGAUGUUGCAGUCAUCAUUUCUCUGGCUGUAGUGCUGGUUCUGGUUCUUGUCUUUACCAUCCCUGCAUUUGUCAUCUAUAAGAGGAGACACAGAGUCACUUUCCUAGACCACCCUGAGAAUUGACUCUGCAUCCUGGCUGCUUGCUAAAGUUUCAGAGUCAGAAGACACAGCUUCACGCUCCUCUAUCUUCAUGCCACAAGUGCAGGCUAUUAUCUGUACAUCAACAUAUAGGCAACAGCACCUCUUUUUCUAUUUCACCUGUCAGGUUCAUAUUUCUUAUGCUUUAUACAUAUUUUAAUAUAUAAUAAUAUAAAUAAAGGAUAGAUAUAGGAAGGAUGUGAGAGUGUGGGUGUGAGAGUGAGAGUGAAAAAGAGUAGGAAGGAGAGUUGGCUGUCCAGCCAAAACGGAGUAACCAGGCAAGAAGGGAGGUGACCAAGAACCCAACGGCCACUCUUACAGAACAUCGGAAGUGGAGAUGGGAGAACUUGCCAGAAGAUUGACCUUCUUAGCAGCACUCCAGGCCUUUAUAAUAGAGUGGCUAGGCAUACUUUACAAAGCAGCUGAGGUCUGAGAGAAUGAGGACAUAUUCUCUGGUGUGAGACAAAAAUAGAAAUUCUUGGGCAGAACAUGAAAGGGGCUUCUACAAAGUACUGAAUUAAGGGUCUGAAUACUUAUAUAAAUGAUUUCAGUUUUAGAUUUUUAAUACAUUUGCUAAAAUUUCUUGAAACAUGUUUCACUUUGUAUUCAUGGGCUAUUGUGUGUAGAAUUGUAGAAUCUCUCCCCACCUUCAAGCGCACACUGAAGAUGCACCUCUUCAAGCAGCACCUCUCCCCGUCCCUCCCUACCUCCCUGUGAACCUUAAUUGUUGUCUUUGUGAUUUACUUUGUGUAUCGGUAUUUUUAGUUGGCUAGGUAAGCAGUGUUUGGAUAGUUAAGUUUGGUCACUUUUGCUUUGUUUGUUUGUUUAUUUGUUUGUUCAAAAAAAUUCAAAUUCAAAUUCAAAUAGGCCCUGGUCCUUAUCUUUGUUGUACAGGUAGCUGUUGAAAUUGUACUUCCCUCUAGGGUCUUUCAGUGCACUUAUCCCUGGAUAUAGGUAUGCACUUUGUUGUACGUCGCUGUGGAUAAGAGCGUCUGCCAAAUGCCAUUAAUGUAAUGUCAUAUAAUGUAAUGUAAAGAUGACUUGCUCAGGGACACUCCCUCAGACGACUGCUCUUACCUCCUUAACCAAUGUUGCACCAGUGACACUCCCCAUGACAAGAUCCCAUGAGACUCUUCGCAAAGAGUUGGGGUUCCCCGGUGUCCUGGCUAAAUUCCAAACCUGGCUCUUUCAACCUGCUACCUAAUGAUUCCCUCAAUCAAUUUGCAGAAACAUUUUUAUUUGCCUCUCUACCUCAGCUGGUGUGUGGUGAGUGUUCUGGCACAAAAUGGCAGCUCUGCAUCACCCAGGAUGGUGCUACACAUUGGUGUGGUUGAGGCGAGUUUCCCCCAAAUCACUCAAACGUAUUCGAGUGUCUAGAAAAGCACUAUAUAAAAUGUAAUGAUCUGUCUAUAAAUAGUUGUUUCAAA